AACCCCACCUCCAAAAUUCCCUUCCCCCCAUAACCAUAAUCCCUCGCUCUCAACCACAAUUUAUGCUCUCAAAUCCAACUGCCGUCCAACCUUAAUCAUGCCUUUCGAUUGCAACACCAAUCACCGCAAACCGCUUCUCUUCUCCGAUUUAUUCAAAAACCACUACCCAAACGAGAAAGAGCACAUGAUUACCUCCUCCGCCUCCAGCCCUAGCUCCAAUUCGACCCAGUUCCUCUCGUCCUGGGACUCCUCCUCCUCCUCCGGCUUCAGCACGCCGCUCCGCUCCGACUUCGCCUCAUCCGAGGGCGACGACGCCGAUUUCAUCGCCGAAUUGACUCGCCAGAUGGCGGAGCGUAUGCUCGACGACGAAGAAGAUCCCGCUUAUGAGAUGAAGACGAAUGGCUACAAAACCGAGUUAGACGAACUGACCCACUCUAAUAUUCAGGUGUACGAGUUGAAGAAUCAGCCGCCGGAGAGGAAGGAGCGUCGUCGGGGAAGACGAGUGAAGCGAAGCGAGUCGGCUCAGCCAAAACAAUUGCAGAAAACAGAGCAGCAAUAUAGAGGAGGCUUAGAUUGGGGCGGAGUUGGGAUAAAUGGAUAUUCCGGGUCGGGUAUGCAGGCGGUUUUUCUUGGCGGAUCCGUGCCGCGAGUCGGGCAUACUGGGACCGGAGUCUUCCUCCCCCGUGAUCCGACUGAAUUGAAACACAAAUCAGGUUGCUCUAUGGUGUUGAUGCCAACACGGGUGCUUCAAGUGCUGGAAAAACACUUUAGCAGCAGAAUUCAACAAGAUUCCAAUGAUGGUGGGCCCCCCACAGAUGAAUCUACGGAGUCAAAUGGGCUUGAGUUGGGAUCAUCUCCGGAGCUUGAGAUCCGACCUCCGGAUAUCAGCGAGGUGCAACUGCCGCAAGAAUGGACGUACUAGCUAUCCUACCUCAUCCCACGCCCGAUUAAUAAUGUAGGGUUUGUCCAAACUGACCACUCUGCUAAGGGGCAACAUGAAGAAAAAUAAAUAGAAAUUCAUAUGAACAGGUUGGGAAAAUCAUAUAAAUGAGGUUCAGAAUAAUAAUUUGGCACUGAUUUUCUGUCUGUAAAUUUAGUACAAUGAAAAUGAGGGCCAGCCUUCCCAUUGGAUAUGAAUUAAACAGUUGCAAGUUGCAUAUUGAUUGUAAAUACGUAGGGUAUGUGCCUCUCGUGCUACAAAGUUAGCUGUAUAUGUAUAUAGCCUUGCUUUGAAUUUGUGGAUAUAAAAAUAUCAGUUGGUAUUGUUGUCA